CCUCUGUAAUAAUCCAAAUUCCAAACAGCUUUUUAUCUAAAAAGUUGACCAUCAAUUAAACAUUAUCAGAUUUCCAUCAUCAAUUUUUCUUACCAGAUUUCAAGAGAGAGAAAAAAAAGAUUGCGUACAAAUUAAACUUCUUCGACGAGAUCGGAUACUCGGAUCUUCCGAGAAAUUGAAGGUUUUGCAAGAUGGUGAGGCUAAAACCAUAUGCUGGGUUAAGUUUGUUUGCAACAUUUGCUGUUGUUUAUCAUGCAUUUCAUAGUAGAAGGCAGUUUUACCCUGCCAUGGUUUAUCUUUCGACGUCGAAGAUCAGUUUAGUGAUACUUCUUAACAUGGGUUUGGUUAUACUGUGUUCUUUGUGGCAAUUGGCGAAACGGGUGUUUCUUGGCCGGCUUCGAGAGGCCGAGGUUGAGAGGUUGAAUGAGCAGUCAUGGAGGGAGGUUAUGGAGAUUCUGUUUGCUAUAACUAUUUUCCGGCAGGAUUUUUCGGUAUCGUUUCUUGCUAUGGUUACUGCACUUCUCUUGAUCAAGUCGUUGCAUUGGCUGGCACAAAAGAGGGUGGAGUUUAUUGAAACAACACCAGCUGUGCCCACAUUGUCUCAUGUUAGGAUUGUCUCUUUUAUGGGUUUCCUUCUUUUCCUAGACGGCGUAUUCCUGUAUAGCUCGGUGAAAUCUUUAAUUGAGACACAACAAGCUUCAGUGUCCAUCUUUUUCUCAUUCGAGUACAUGAUACUUGCUACAACAACUGUGGCUAUGUUUAUGAAGUACAUAUUCUAUGUGAGCGACAUGCUUAUGGAAGGGCAAUGGGAGAAGAAGGCUGUGUGUACAUUCUACCUGGAGCUUAUUCGAGACUUGCUGCACUUGUCUAUGUACCUCUGUUUCUUUAUGGUGAUUUUUGUGAAUUAUGGUGUGCCUUUGCAUCUUAUAAGAGAGCUAUACGAGACAUUCCGCAACUUUAAAAUUCGUAUUGCCGAUUACAUUCGCUAUCGGAAGAUUACUUCUAAUAUGAAUGACCGUUUUCCAGAUGCAACCCCAGAGGAACUAAAUACAAGUGAUGCAACUUGCAUUAUAUGUCGUGAGGAAAUGACUACGGCCAAGAAAUUGAGAUGUGGACAUAUUUUUCAUGUACAUUGUCUUCGAUCGUGGUUGGAAAGACAAAAUACUUGUCCUACCUGCAGGGCCCUUGUUCUACCACCUGAAACUGGAACAACCGCAGCUGGAGGGCAACCUGGAUUGCAGUCUGGUGUACAUCAAUCUGCUUCUACAAGUGCACCCGGUCAAAGUUCAACUGGUGCUACUGGUCCAGACAGCACUUUGAAUGGUAAUCAGGCUAGACUCCAGGCUGCAGCUGCUGCUGCUGCAAUUUACGAGAAAUCUCUUGUUUACCCUUCUGCUAAUUCGUCAGUAUGGUGUCCUGGAUAUGCCGUACUUCCACCAGUUUAUAAUGCUAUGCGUGGUCCCAGUACUGCAAAUUUUGAUGAAGGGCAAGGUUCAGUUGGACAAUUUCAGCAUCAACAACUGAUGUCCAGUGGGCAAAUGAAUAUUCCUUAUGUCCAGUUGUCUCCUUUUGCUGCUCCACCGGUCGAAGUACCUGCUGCCGCGAGAGAGGGAGGCAGUCAUCUUUCAAUUGACUCCCAGAAAAAUCUCCUUGAACAGCAAAUUCAGAUGUUACAGAGUCAACUUGAGUACCUGCAAAAACAAGAGCUGGAUAAAGGUGCCAGCUCUAGCAACUCCUCAUCGGCAGCUACCAAUGGUCAAACUACGGAAUCAAGCUCGGAUGCUUGUUCUCAGACAAAUAUCAAAGAAUCAUAGUUGUGAGUUUGCACAGUUCUAAUAUGAAGGGUUUAGAGGAUAGAUCUACACUGCUGUUGUAUCAAUUAUGUUCAGAGCUGGUAUAGAAUGCUUAUUUUCUUUUAUUUGGGGUGGAAUAGGCCCUUUUAAUUGUCAAAAUUGAUUGAACGUUAUUCAUGAUGUCUUGUUAAAAGGGUCUGUACAUAUAAAAGAAGAGAGGUGUUAUAUGAUGUAUAGACCUCCUGACUUUUGGAGAAUUUUGGUUAUAAUGUGUUUCCUUGCUGACAAGUGAAUUAAGGCAAGCUCAA